GUAGGCGCUAGCAUACCUGUCGAAAUCUCCAAUCGCUCCCUCAGCUCCCAAGCUGAGGGAGUAGAUGAACCAUAUAUAUAUGAAGUCUCGGGUUGAGCAAAUGUUGAACCAACCCAGGCCAGCAGCAAGCCCAAGGCUGAUAAUUUAUUUGAUUAGUACAUAUCGCAUCUUGGAGUAAGUUACAUAUCAGCCAAAUGCGAUUACCAAGCCACAGACUAUGGUGCAGAACAAACACGGCUGGGAAUGAUCGGGGGAAUGUAUAUUAGAAAUGAGUGGUCAAUGUCGUUCCUUCAGACUGACUAGAUUAUUUGGUUCUCUCUACCAUUCGUGUGAGGAAAGGCAGUGCACAUACAUGCUCAUCUCAUCUCGGGGCUCGUCGCCUUCCGUGGUAACCCGAGAACCGAGCCUGAUUCCCGAAGGCUGCAUGCAAAAUGGUAUUUAGGGAGAGGUAGGAUCUUGGAAAUAAGACUUUCACCAAGUCAUACAAUAUACAAAAGUUGCGAUAGAUUGUAAUCAACAUUGACUAUCCCAGCAUGGCGUUCGCUUCACCCUCACCCAUGGAGGAAUUGACCCAAUCCCUUGUGGAGGAUGUCAAGGCUCUGAAUGAUCACCUGCGUUCCACUGGCCAUCCGACCCCAUCUUCCGAUCGCUAUACGCCUGCAGUUGUGCUGCCAGUGGAUGCCUCGCCGGAUGCUCACUCUGCAAGAGAGCGCAUCCUUGACCAUGCGCUGCGUCUCUUCCGCCUGGCCGCAGGACCGAGCGAGUACUUAUUGAAUCUGCAAACGGGAUAUCAUUACGCCUCUUGCGUCCGUUGGUUGUGCCAUUUUCAAAUCUACCACUUGGUGCCCUUGCAUGGCUCCAUCUCUUAUGCUGAUCUCGCCGCCCUUGCCAACGCCCCGGAGCGUCAGCUUAGAAGUGUUGUUCGUAUGGCUAUUACUAACGGCCUGUUUGUCGAAAACCCACCACAGCAUCUCGCUCACUCCUCGACGUCUGCCCUGCUCCGCAACGAUGCUGACUUUCAUGACUGGGCUGUCAUCAUGACUGACUUAUCCUUCCCGACAGCAUAUUCAAUGGUGGAGGCACAUGAGCGGUGGCCGAAUAGCCUGGAGGGCAGUCAAACGGCGUACAACAUUGCGGUUGACAGCAGCUUGCCCUUCUUUCAACAUUUAGCUCAACAGCCAGACCGUCAACGACAGUUCGCUGGAUUUAUGCGCAGCAUGGCAAGGAGUCAAGGAACGGAUGUCGAGAAGCUCGCGCAUGGAUGGAACUGGGUGGCUCUGGGACGUGCUCGUGUAGUGGAUGUGGGCGGCUCUACCGGCCAUGCGUCACUUGCACUGGCCCGAAAGUUCCCCGAGUUAAACUUCGUUGUGGAGGAUUUGCCAGAUGUAGUCGCCAAUGGCCCUGAAUACCUCGCCUCCCUAGAUGAUGCACAUGAGCUGAAGCACCGGAUUGAGUAUCGAGCACACAGCUUCUUCCAUCCGCAGCCUGUACAAGAUGCAGAUGUGUACUUUCUCCGGAUGGUAUUGCACAACUGGUCCAAUGGUGACUGCGUGCGCAUACUAUCACAACUUGUCAAGGCUCUUAAGCCUGGCGCACGUAUCCUAAUUGUGGAUAUAGUGCUACCAGAACCGGGUGUCAUGCCAGCGUCAAAGGAACGGUUGUUACGCGCUCAGGAUCUCAUUAUGAUGCAAGUAUAUAACAGUAUGGAAAGGCAUCUUGAGGACUGGAUGGAGAUUUUCAACAAGGUUGACGCGCGGCUUAAGGUGAAGAUCACCCAGCCACCUGGAGGGUUGAUGUCACUGAUUGAGUUGGGUAUGGACGACUAGAUAAGGGAUUACUGGAGUUUAGUAUAGGCACUCAUUGCUUUUUUU